CUCAUAAUAAUAGUACAUUCAUCAGGAACAGUUCCAGCACACAUUACUAACAAAAUUCAUCAAUGGCUGCUGCUUCAUCAUAUGCUAUGCAGUCUUCUAUUCUGGCCUGUCCUGUGACCAACAUUUCUAACAGGUUCAGGGUGAACCAGUUUGGCAUUCCAAGCCUGAGGAGGAAAGCUAGCCUCGUAGUUCGGUCCAUGGCCGAGGAAGAGCAGGCACCAAAUCCAGUUACACCACCAGCACCUUCACAAAAGGUGAGCAGCAAGUUGAUAGAUAUUAUGGCUUUCAGUGGGGCAGCACCAGAGAGAAUCAAUGGAAGACUUGCCAUGAUAGGAUUUGUGGUAGCAUUAGCAAUGGAGGUGACCAAAGGGGAGGGUGUGUUUGUACAGAUAUCCAAUGGCGGGAUCACAUGGUUCCUGGGGACAAGUGUGAUCUUGUCACUUGCUUCUCUGGUUCCACUCUUGAGAGGGGUUAGUGUGGAGUCUAAAUCAAAAGCGUUCAUGUCCUCUGAUGCAGAGCUAUGGAAUGGUAGAUUUGCCAUGUUAGGCUUGGUUGCUCUUGCUUUUACUGAAUACAUCAAAGGAAGCACAAGCACCCUUGUUUGAUUAUUUGAUUAAUUAUGGACGUAUGUAUUUAUGGGGUUCAAUUCAUAGAAUAUGAAAAACUCAAAUGCUAAUGUAUCAAAGUUUAGUGUAUAAUAAAUGAUCA